ACAAUCGUUUGUUCGUUCGUUGACUUAGCAUUGUGUUCAAAUAUUUUUUUUAUUUGUUUAUCAAAUCGUGAGAAAUUAAAAGGUUUAUUUAAAUAUGUCAUCUGCCGCUGAUUCAGAAGGGGAAUGGUUUAAAACUGAAAUAAUACCCAAAUUACUUAAGAAUGGGCAACUUUUAAGUGACAAUAAUGAAAGCACCGGAGUAACCGAUAAUUUUGUAAUAAAAAAUUUAACCGUACAAUUUAUUGGAUCACAAGAAGCUUUCAUGCUAACCAAAUGUUAUCGGGUACGCCUUAACUACGAAUGUGAAGGUGUAGAUGGUGAAAUUAAUUUCUUUGUAAAGCGAACUCCUCCCAUACCCCAAUUUAUAUUCGAUGCCAUAAAUUUUAAUGCAUUAUUUUCCAACGAACAAUUGACCUAUGAGCAAAUUAUUCCCUCUUUUGAGAAUUUUGGAAAGUGUCAUCUAAAUACGGCAAAAUUUUAUUAUGCCGAUUUGAAACCAAAUGAAGCCAUACUUGUUACAGAAGAUUUUACCAGCAAUGGCUGGAGAGUGACCAAGGACAAAUACAAUCUCUCACUGGAACACACCCUAGUGGCGGUAAAAUAUUUGGCCCAAUUCCAUGCCAUAGGUUUUGCAAUGUUGGCCACUGAUAAAGAACAAUUUGACAAAAUCACCAAGGGAUUAAUGGAACCACGUUAUAGCACCGAUGAUUUGGAUCAUAGAUGGGCUUUAACAUUAUCGUGUGGUUUGGAAAGAUCCAUAAUAGCCACCAAGAAAUAUCACAAAGAUUUUCCGCAAGAGUUUCUAGAGAAAUACAAAAAUUUAUUUAAAAACCCUCAAAAAUAUUGCCGUGAUGUGGUGCAACCCAAAGAACCCUUUGUCACUCUAUGCCAUGGUGAUUAUCUGCGCAAUAAUGUGGCCUAUAAAUAUGACACGGAGGAAAGACCCAUUGACAUAAUGAUGUUUGAUUUGCAGACACCUAGGCUGUCAUCACCUAUGCUGGAUUUUUGCACAUUUUUGGCCUUGUCAACAUUCUAUGAGGUUCGUCAUCAGCAUUUCAGGGAAAUAUUCGAUUGUUAUUGCAAUCAGCUGAAAGAGGCCUAUGAGAGUAUGAGCCAAACUAAGGCGCCAGAAUUUAUGAGCUUUGAUUCUAUGCUUAAGGAAUACAUUCGGUUUUUGCCCUAUAGCAUUUUUACCUGUUCUUCCUUCCUAAUGGAAUUAGUUGAGCCCCAUGGUCUAUCCACGGAAGAGAUGCUUAAUCUGAAUCCCACGGAUGAGGAUAUCACUCAUAAAAUCCUAACCAAAGGAGGCGAAAUUGUGGAUCGAGAAUUUGCCCAUCAAAUGAACGCGAUGUAUGAACUUUCAACAAUACACAAAGUUGAUUUAUUUUGACAUUAUUGUGGAAGACAAAAUUUUUAAUGGUUUAAAAUGAAAUAUUAAAUU